GUUGAGAUCGUGUCCGUGAACUCUAUUCCCUCUGACCACAUUAUUUCAUGUGCCGGUAGAUGUUAAAUUUACUUGAUAUGAUUCGGUUGCUCUCGGAACAUUAAUUAAAUUCUCAAAUAAGAAUACGCGUGCUCUGAAUACGUUUAUUUAUAUUCAGUUAUAGGGUGAGUGUUUCGAGUGUUUCUAGUGCCGAGUUGUUAAGCGGUCGAGGAAUAAUAGUUGUAUGUGCUGUGAUCACUCAUUAAGUUCAAAUUGUGAUAUAGCGUGGAAUUGUGUAGAAAGUUAAAGAAAGUUAAAGGCAGGGAAAGAGUCUCGAUAUUGAAGUUGUGGCAAUGAAUGUAAAAUCGAUGCUGAAAAAUUUUCCGUUGAUUUGAAUAAGUAAAAGAUUGAGUGUUUUUAAUAGUCUUGAAGCGAGUCACAUCAACAUUAUUCUUGUCAUUGUUCUGAGGAAGAUUACUUAUAAACCUGAUCACAGAAUGAAUGUUUUACGAUCGACCUUGUUGACGUGUGGACGCAAUCAACGGUUAUGUAUAUGAAAUAUAUGAACACAACGUUGGUUCAGUUCAUCAGUAUGCGUUGUAUUGAGACUCCAUUACUCUUGAGAGGAACAUCAGGUUUCAUUUUGACCGGAUUCACCGCGUUGAGGUGCCAGAGCCUGUAGCCACAAGUCCCCACCAGGAUGGACCACCAAGUGAAAGCCAUGGCUCCAUCCAGAGCCCCGCUGUCCCGCACUCAUCUCUUCAGAUUCUUGUGGCAGCGACAACGGUUUGAGAGCGACGAGCUGGAACGUCUGUACCGCCGCUAUACCCUCAAGCUGCGGCAGGCGAGCGUGUCGGCCGCUACAGCUCUGCUGCUGGCCGCUGCUCUUCUGCUGGCAGCGCUCCAUGUCACAUACGACCACAGUGCCUCGCCUGCACCCAUUACGCUGCUGGGGGUGUCGGUGCUGCUGACGGCGUUGCUGGUGCUGCUGCAAACGCGUCACGCCAAGCCACGUCACCUCCUGCCUGCCUGCUGGCUGCUGCUCGCCCUGGGCGCCGGCCUCGCCGCCGUCAUGAUGCCCUAUGCCCAGAUGUGGGUGUGGCGCGGGUGGCAGCGUGUGAGCACAUGGGGUGAAGGAGUGUGGGUGAGCGUGUUCGUGAGUUUCGUAGUGUACGCUCUCACCCCGCUGCCGACACCCGUGGCGCUCGUGUACGGCUGCUUGCUGCCGGCGCUGCAGCUGCUGCUCGCUGCCCUGGCCGCUACGCCGGUACCACAUCUCUACUGGCAUCAGCUGCUGGGUAACGUGGUGGUGGCGGCGUGCGUUAACGUGGCGGGCGUGUGGCUGCACCGGCUCAUGGAGAGCGCCCAGCGACGCGCCUUCCUCGACACCCGCGCCUGCAUCGCUGCGCGCCUCGCCAUGGAGGACGAGAACGAGAAGCUGGAACGCCUGCUGCUGUCAGUGCUGCCNAGCUACGUCGUGGCUCACUGGCUGGCAUACUUUAAAAUUACCUAUUAUUCGGUCCUGCUGUCCAAGCUCAAGUUCCGAUAUGACGAGAACUUUGUGUUCGACAGCCGCCAAUUGCAAAGCCUCAAGUGCCACAUCGGUCCUGUUGCUGUAGACCGUGCGUCUGGCACGCACACCGCUCUGCCCACUGUACCACGCAGCCUCAAGUGCCCCAGCGGUCCUGUUGCUGUAGACCGUGCGUCUGGCACGUGUACCGCGCUGCCCACUGUGCCACGCAGCCUCACGUGCCCCAGCGGUCCUGUUGCUAAAGUUACUGCGUCGCAGCGUCGGCUGCUGUUGAUGAGUGCGCCUCUCGCCUGUGGCGUGCAGUGCGCCUCUCGCCUGUGGCGUGCAGUGCGCCUCUCGCCUGUGGCGUGCAGUGCGUCUUUCGCCCGUGGCGUGCAGUGCGCCUCUCGCCCGUGGCGUGCAGUGCGCCUCUCGCCUGUGGCGUGCAGUACGCCUCUCGCCCGUGGCGUGUAUCUCCGCUGCAGACGCUGCCGAGCUAUCGAUCCUGGGUGUUGCCACUCCCGCCACUACUGCCGCUCCUGCCACUAUAUUGCCGCUGCGGCCACUCCUGCCAUACUGCUGAUGGCCACUACUGCAACUCCUUCCACUCCUGUCGCUCAGGCUGCUCAUGCCAUUUCUAGUGCUUCCGUCACUACUGCAGCUCCUGCUACUGCUGCCAGUUCUGCUACUUCCACCCAUAUUACUAUUUAUGACGCAUCUCCUACUGCUGCCACACUUGCCAUUGCGCCCACUCCUACCACUCCGACCGAUACUACUUCUUAUGCACCUGCUAUUUGUGCCACUCCCGCCAACAUUAUUGUCGAUCCUGCCACUCCUGACAAUCCACACCAGCUCAACAUAUCCAUUACCAUAUUGACCGAAGCUCCUAAUUUUGUACACUUUCUUCUGACGGCAGCUGGCCGCUGGCUCAUCUUGUUCGCUGACAUCGUGGGCUUCACGGUGCUGGCGUCGCAGUGCAGCGCUCAGGAGCUCGUGCGCCUUCUCAACGAACUCUUCGGCAGGUUCGACCAGCUCGCCGAUGACAACCACUGCCUGCGUAUCAAGAUCCUGGGCGACUGCUACUACUGCGCCUCAGGCUUGCCAGAGCCGCGCUCCGACCACGCCGUGUGCGCCGUGGAGAUGGGGCUCGACAUGAUCGACGCCAUCGCGUGCGUGGUGGAGGCCACGGACGUGCAGCUCGCCAUGCGCGUAGGCCUGCACACGGGGCGCGUGCUGUGCGGGGUGCUGGGGCUGCGGAAGUGGCAGUACGACGUCUGGAGCGAUGACGUCACCCUCGCCAACUCCAUGGAGGCGGGGGGCGAACCAUGGCGAGUGCACGUGACCCAGGCGACCGUAGACGCUCUCGGGGGUGCCUACGAGCUGGAGCCUGGCGAGGGCCACACUAGGAGCGCCUACCUCAGGGACAAGGGCGUCACCACCUACUUCAUCGUGCCGCAGAACCGCCGCAGGAAGAGGAACAUAUUUUUCCACCCUUACUACGAGCUAGAGCGGCCAUGGCAGCACUCAUCGCUGUUGUCAGACAAGUUGAAGCGUCCGUUCAAGAAGCGGCACUCUUCCCUCCCUCACACCCCCAGCAGCCGCGUCAACAAGUACCUGGCGCAGGCCAUAGAGGCGCGCAGCGUCAACAGGGAGCAGGCCACGCACGUCUCCCUCGUCACCCUCUGCUUCAGGGACACCAACAAGGAGAGACAGUACCACGACGAGCCAGACUCAGGGUUCGGGUCAUCGCUGCUGUGCUCGCUGCUGCUGCUGCUGCUGACGGCGGCCCUGCAGGCGCUGCUGCUGCCACGCACGCUGCUGCUGCUCUUCCUCUUCCUCGCCGCCUUCGUCACCAUCGCCGUCACCCUCAUCGUCCUCCUCGCUUCCAGACUGCGUGUCAGCACCUCGGAUCCCUCGCGCAGCUUCGGCCUGCGUCUGGCGCUCACCAUCGCCGCCGUCGCCGUCAUCUACGUCAUGGCGCAAGUCAACGCUUUCAGCUGCGAGCUGCCGACGGGGCCCUGCCACAACAUAAGCGAGUUGGCGACGUCGGGCCACGGGUCUUCAGACGGGAGUGGCCGAGUGGUGGCCGGCCCGCUGCUGGGGGGGACCGGUGGCUCCCUGCGCAACUUGUGGUGCCCCCUGCCGGAGUACAUCCCCUUGUCGUGCAUCCUUAGCUUCCUGACGGUGGCGCUGUUCCUGCGCCUGCCGGUGCUGGUGAAGCUCCUGCUGCUGCUCUGCAUGGCCGUCGUGUACUCCUUGCUGGUCUUCGCGACACACGUGCCGCUCUUCACCUGCUACGACGCCAGGGUCGGUGCGGUGGUGCCGCUGGAGGUGAUGGCGGUGGUGCAGGUGGUGCUGUUCAUGGUGGCGGUGCUGCUACACGCGCGUCAGGUCGAGUGGACCGCCCGACUUGACUUCCUCUGGCAGAAACAGUUCCGCACCAACACGGACCUGUACCACCAGAGCUACAGCUGCGUGGGCGUCAUCUUCGCGACCAUCCCAAACUUCCGCGAGUUCUACGUUGAGUUGGACGUCAACAACCAGGGCACUGAGUGUCUCAGGCUCCUCAAUGAGAUCAUCGCUGACUUCGACCAGCUGCUGGACGACGAGAGAUUCAAGGCAGUAGACAAGAUCAAGACGGUGGGGUCGACGUUCAUGGCGGCCGUAGGGCUGAUGCCUGACCACAGGAUCCAGGAGGACCACAGCGACUCUGUGGGCUACUACAUGUGCGUCCUCGCUGAGUUUGUGCUCGCCUUACGAGACAGCCUUGCCAACAUCAACGAGAACUCCUACAACAACUUCACCCUUAGAGUUGGCAUGAACAUGGGCCCGGUAGUGGCCGGGGUGAUCGGGGCCCGUAAGCCCCAGUACGACAUCUGGGGCAACACCGUCAACGUCGCCAGUCGCAUGGACUCCACCGGUCUGCCGGACCACACGCAGGUGACCGAGGAGGUGUACAACGUGCUGCACAAAUAUCCCUACGACUUCCAGUGUCGCGGCACCGUUAAAGUCAAAGGCAAAGGCGACAUGACGACUUAUUUCUUGCUUGGCCGCGCCCAGCCUCCCACAUUGAGGGUGCAGGACCUCCCCCAGCGCAGCAACACCCCCUGGCACCAGCAGCAACAGAUGCAUCAGCAGCAACAGAUGCAUCAGCAGCAACAAAUUCACAAGCAGCAUGUGCACCAGCAGCAACAAAUACACCAGCAGCAACAAAUGCAUCAACAGCAACAAAUGCAUCAGCAACAGCAAAUAACUCAGCAGUAUCAGUAUGGCUCCUCGUUGCCGUACGAGGACAAUACUGCGCGUCAUCACCCCCCUCCUGAAGUGCCACCUCAUGGACGUCCUCCCAAGAACGGAGUGCCGCUCAAGCAAGUGGUCCGCAACGACAGCGUCUCCAGGGACUCCUACUGUGACCAGGUCGCGGUAGUCAACAUGAGCCUCAGCCAGUGCGCUCCUUCAUCCAAGGGCAAAGACUUGGUUGCAGCAGACUAUGUAAGCGCAGGACAACAUUCCUGCGAACGUGAACCUCUUCUGGUGACGCCGGGUGCUUCUGCCGCUCUUGCGGCGCACGUGCUGCCCAGGUCUUCUGUUGCGGCACAGCAGCAACAGAAGCAGCCUGCGCGCUACGUUAACCAACGCAAUGGGAACGCUUCGAAGAGCAACAACCAAGAGUCUCUGGUGCUGAAAGCUGCUCACAAACCUCAUCAGCUGCAACAAGAACUCCUGGGACCUCAAUCUGAUAGAAAGCAACAAAUGCACAUGCCUAGGUCACAACAGAAGUACAAUAAUCACCACCAUCAUCAUCAUGCUUAUCAUCAUCACGAUAAAUCUGCUCAGCCUCACAACCAUCAUCACCACCACCAUCACGCUCAGCCUCAGAAAAAAUGGCCUGUAAGUUCUCACUUUCCUGAGUGGGAUCAGCGGGACGUUGAUCGCCAGGGAGCAAACUGGAAGUCUCGUUCAGGAGGACAGAUCCGAACUCGGCCGCCACCUGAGGCGGGGCCGACGCGUCACAAGCCAAACUGUCGAGCAGCGGCGGCCGCGGCGCUGGCUGCUGGUACUGCUACAGACGCCGGUGGUGGUGCAGGUCUUGUGCUGCCCGGCUUGCCUAAGCAUUAUCAGGUGGAGGAGGCUGGGGUACGCAGCAAGCUACGCAAUCUCACCCGCCAUUACAGUGACGACAGUCUGCCCGGCUCCUCCAACCGGGAGCUCCACGCCGCGCGCAUACACUCCUCCGCUGACGAGAUCAGCUCCGUCAACAGGUCGCCCAGUAUCAGCUCUUCUGACGAGAGCUUCUCCCGCACUGAUUUCUCUCGAACAGAUGCCGACUCUCCGUCACCGGAACGUGCGCCCUCUCUCAACGAUGUGAGGUUCAAGUACAUGUUUGAAGACAUGAACCCUCCUGAAGACGGAGCGACCGCUCGUUUUAGGGAAGUAUCUCCCCAUCUAUAUUCUGAUUAUCUGUCAAGUGUGAAAGCUUCUAGUGAUGAGAGUAGCCUUCGGUUGAAUAGUUUAACUUUAGAUUCUUGUAAUCAGUCUCAAUCUAACGUUGCCAAUGUGUGGAGAGAAAGCGACAUUGGGCCUCCGUUGACCGAUGGCGAUAGAUUGCGACGUGACGAUGUGUUUAUACCCAAAUUACGAGCUGAGUUUUCCAGUGAUAAAGUCAAGAGAACAAAAACGGCUCCUGCGUCUUCUAAGGCAGAAUCUAGUACAGCUCGUAGCAGUGCGUCGCCUGCCAGUGAUAAAUUAAAGCAAAGUUUGCAUUCUAGUUUCAGUGAAAGUGACAGAACUUCUCCUUAUCGCGGUAAUAUGUCAGGCAGUGCCAGUAGAUUGAUGAGUCUUGAUCGCAGUGCUCGGCGAAGCCACGCCAACACUUCGGAGAAUGUCGAGGCGGUGUCAAAAAGGCGUUCACUGCCUCGGGAUUGCGCUCGUAAACCUCCAAGUUUCGCGGAACAGUUCAGCAGUAGAAAAGCAUCUAGCAUGAGAGACCACGACAGGACUGACGGUGGCAGCCGGGAGAGCGACCGGAGGUCAUCUGAGACGCAGCGGUCUUCGGAUUGUGACAGUCAAACUGAACCUAAACGAACUCACGCUCGCAGUGCGAGUGGUGAUUUAGGCUGUCAGAAACGUGUUGGAAUGAGCCCUACCUUCGUCAGCAUUGACGAAAAUGGCUCCUCUGCCGCGGCCAGCUCUGACAGGUAUGGCCGCUCACCUCACGUGCAUUGCCCACAUUUGAUCAGUCCUACAGGAUCAAGCCAAGGAGAUCAUUUAUCCUCUUAUCUUGAUUGCUUUUCAAGCGACAAAUCGCAGGGUUCUGGUAGCACCUUAGAGGGCUACUCAGCCUUACAGAGGUUGGCUAAGUUGCAGGAGAACGCCCUUUUGUCAUCCUUAGAAAAACUUAGCGCCCGAGGCUCGCCGCAGUUCAGUUGCGUUUAUGACCCGACAGCAUCGACGCGCCUCUCGAGUUACGAGACUGGCAAGGAGGGCAGCCUUAUGAGGCGCAAGGGUCACCGCACGAGCAGCGCGCGCCGCUGCCCCGCGCCCACCACUGACGACGACAGCGAUGACGUGGCCGCCUUCGAGGAGGCCGAGGCCAGGCUCGUCGACCACCCGUCCUCCCGCCGCUUCUCUCCUGAUAAAAAAAUCCUAGCUUCCAAAAGUCCGCGCCCAAGCCCUACAAAAAUGGAUGAAGACGCCUGGGUUAGAGAAGGCAACCGAGGGACCGUACCGCACAGCAGCAGCAGCACCGAUAGUCCCUCGACCUCGACGGCGAGCACGAGCGGCGGCACGACAACGACGGCGCAGGCCACGGCACCGCUGUGCUUUAUCGUAUCCAAUACGGCACCUGAAGGCGGCGUCACUAAAGGGCUCGGGCUGGGGGGCAAGCUCGGGCUGAGCAGCGCGUGUGGCGGCGGAGGGGAGACGAGUCUCUCCGAGUGCAGCGAGGAGGAGGACGGCAACGCGUCUGAGCCGCUGCUUGACAUCGACCAGGACAGUACGGGGUACACCACCGACGACCCGGCGCUUGAUCAGGCCUCUAUGAUGAACGACGCAGGAUUGACCGACGCUGAAGGUGCGCUGAGCGACGUCAAUUCGCUGUACAACGACGGCCCUCUCUGCGACGGCGACGACACGAGCAUCUCAAGUCGCGCCUCUUCGCGCAUAUUCGACGACGCGAUGCUGAGCUACGACGCGCUCUCUGCCUACUACCACGCUGACUACGACAGCUACAAGGGCCCUGGCAGCGCUCAGGAUCCUCCAGACGAGAACCAACAGCUCCUUCAUGUUGACCUCAGCCGCAGCCCUCGCAACAACAUAGACGCUCUCAGCGGGGACAGUCUAGACAAAUUAGACCAGUGUUUGAAUUUGGGCAAGACGGAUCCAGCGGCCAUUAACCUACAAGAUAUCCGCUCGGUAUCUGAGAGCAUUACUCUAAAUUUCGGCAAUUCUAGGUUUGACAGUGAACUCGACAGCGACGUAUGAUAUUUAGCUUCCGAGAGCGUGUACUUGCCGCGCCUUAGUGAGACCACCGUGUAGCGUUUAUAUGCGUGUUACUCGUACGAAAUAAGCUCUGCUUUCUGAGAUUAGAUCUCAUUUUUAAUUACUUUAGUCACCAACAAAAUCCUUGCCAGCCGCUCUUGAAUUCCCAGAUUAUUCAUCAGCCUUCUGGUACAAUUGACCUUUCAUUAACUUUUAAAGCACCUAAUUUAUGUUUGAGUUGAGCACGCAAAAGUUUGUUCUGCGUAAAGUGAAACUAUUUUGUUGAUCGCUAGAUUACUAUGGUGAUAUUUAAGCCAUCUUGAUUUUAUGCUUAUUUAUUGUGCUUUUGUUAGUGUAGCUCAUGGCGAUUGAUUUAUUAUACAGCUAAUCUAAGAUGGGAAACUGAAGCCGUUCAUGUAGUACAUUGGACGAUGCGGGCGUUAUGGAGGUGCUGCGCGUACAAUGUACAUCUGAGAAAUGAUUUUACCUGCAUUGCAUUUUGCAGUUUCAUAUGCUUAUUAACUCUGAUUCUUUUUUUUUCUCGAAUGACCAGUCACUCACAUGGGAUUAUAAAAACAAGGCAGGAAAAAUUACUUCAUUCCUACAAGAACAGAUCGAGUUGACUCAGUUCGGUGUGCCGUGCGAGGCUCGGCUGAUGGAACUAGUCAUGCAAUUAUACAAUAUCGGGACUAAACUUCGUCACUCUACUCAUGCUUUCGGAUAUUAUAAGUUACCAAAGACUUCACUGUUCAACCCUCAUUGAAUAUAAUGAAUUUAAUCACUGGAACUAUACGGUAUUCAACGUACGUCAUGGAGUGUUGCUCAGAAGUGCUUACAAUAUUUGUGAGAUCUGUUGCAGUGUUCUAAUGUCGUUACCUGAGAUGAACAUGCAAUAGCACGAUUAACCUAAGUUUUAUUAUUGUAAAAAUAGUUUUGGCGCCUCUGUUCGACGUGUUUGUGUUGAACCCAGAAUAGAGAAUGAUUUAUAACAUAGUCAAACAUCCAGCUGUUCCUUUGUUUCUUAGAUCCGUAGCUUCAACCAACCGCAGCUCAAUUACUAAGCUCAAGCUGCUUUAUAUUUAUUGAGUUAAUUUAUAAGUUGAAUGCGUUAAAUUAUGGAUUUGCCUCUCAUGAGCUCGGGACUGUGAGUUCCUUUAAAAUUUCAGCCUCUGCGAAUGCUUCCGAAUUUGUUGUAUUGUUUGCUUCACUGCAGGUCCUGACCCGUGUUGCGCGGGCACGUGUUCGAUACUUCAAUUAUUAUCUGGUACGAGGGAUGAACCUGUAGCAUUAUUUUCUUCAUGAGAUUGUCGAUUGUCAGAAAUAGCUUGCUUUUGUCGUUUCAUAUCGACGAUUUCAAGUAGGUGACUCGUUGAAAUGUAGUGAAUGUCUCUAAUGUACACAUGUUCUUUCUAGAGUCAAGAAUCUCGAAAGAAAAUAAAUAUAUUUAUUUUAUAGUCAAGAAUCUCGAAAGAAAAUAAAUAUAUUUAUUUUAUAGUCUAGAAUCUCGAAAGAAAAUACAUAUAUUCUUUCUAAAGUCUGGAAUCUCGAAAGAAAAAAAAUUUAUUCAUUCUAAAGUCUAGUACCCGAAAGAAAAUAAAUAUAUUCAUUCAAUAGUCUGGAAUCUCGAAAGAAACUCAUGCAGGCUAUACUUCAUAUGGGAAUAUUUUGUCAUUGCAUUAUGUUCGAUGUUAUUUUAUUCGUAGAGAUGAAAUCUUAGCAUUAAAAACUUGUUAUCCAAUUGGGUCAGCUUAAACUCGACUGAAUUUUUAUCAAGCGAUACAACUAAGAAUAUUUUAUAUCAUUUUACACAAAUGUAAUGCCUUGCUUUGAGGUAGUGCUAAUAUUUUUAAUUGUUAGAGGAACAUGUGGGUAGAGAGUGGGAGAAGCGACAGCAGGACCAACACUGUUCUUGGCAACAAAUGCCGUGUUGUCGUGAUAUUACACGCAGAGAUGCCCAGACCUGCGUUGUGUCUGAUGGUCUUAAUGCAGCGGCUGUUGUUUGUAUCAUUUCUGGCAGUUAUAUGUUGGUAGUACUGUCGGUGAUGGAAAUACCUGUGAAGAAAAUUAAAAUGUUCCUGACAAUGAAGGUAAAUGUAAUUUAAUGGUUAUUAACAGGUGCUUACGAAAGAAAUCUGUUGGUUGGUAUCAUUGUUUAUGAUAGGAAUUUGUUGAUAACACUGCCGAUGAUGGUAAUUUGAUUGAAGUUUUUCAGGCAGUGCUGCGGCUGAACGCGUGUACAUAGAUAGUUAGAGCCCUAGUCGUGUUGUGCAUUUAAGGUUGCAGUUAUCUCUCCUUUGACGAAGUAUAUGCAGUAUUUUUAUAAGCAUACAUAACAUAGUUCAUACAUAAUUAUUUUAUGAACUGGAAUAAUUUGCAUCAUUGCUGUUGAACUUCGUUUCUAAAACGUUGAUGUUGCUUAGUAUUUCGCCAUUAUAAGUGACCGCUAUCACGUUCACGUUCUACGUUGCUCCAACAUAUUAACGCCAUUGUUGUUGCCGCGAGAUUAGUGUUUAUUAUAAAGUAUCUUUGAGCGGCCACAUGGUUGCAAGUAUCAAAUAUAUUGAUCUACAGGUGAGACGCUGUCAUCAAUUGUUCAGUGUUGAAUACCGAACGCCUUCAUCUUUCCCAUCCAACAGAAGCGCUCCCAUUCACGUAUAACAAACCUUGAUGUUUACAUCGCUUCUGUGGAGCCAAGUAGUGUAGUUUGUGGUCGUGUAAGUUGAACAUUUUCAAUUAUUAAUUUCGAGUGUAAUGUUCUUAUGAUUCUGGUCAUUUUUAUUCCUCAGCAUAUUUUUUAAAUUCCAUAGAUGAGAUAAUUCUUCCUUAACGGUUUAGUUUCUCACAUUUGACAAUACUCAGGUACAUUUGUAUCGUGUCAAAGUUGCUACUAAUUGAUUAGUUGUGCAGAAAUACGAUUUAUUUUUAUGUACUCACCGGUGUAAGUAUUGAAGCGAAAUACUGCAGGCUUAUGCUUAAGAAAAUCACCCUCGGUGAAAAAGGGUUUGAAGUACUUAUGACUCCAUUCGAUAUACUCGAGUUUCUCGUUCAACGAUGUAAUUUGUUAUACUGCUUUCACAUAUGGAUCGAGGACAGGCAGAUUCAGUUGCCCAUCGCAGCUGCUAUUCUGCAGUGCAGGUAUUCUCGAUUUUGAACUCCGUUCGCGCUCUGGUUAAUCAACGCUUGAAAUUAUUGUACAUCUUUCCCGAUGUAUACUUAGGCGUAAAUAUUUUUGGAAUCGGCAGCUUGUUCUAAAUAAAGAUUAGUUUCAGUGAAGUCCCGAGUUGAGAUGCGAUCGCAACUCAUAUCCAAACCACUGGGUCGCCUGCCGAAGACCACCACUGCCCUGGAUGUAAUGGACCAUCAUGAU